GUCAGCCACCUCAACAACAAGCUUUGUAAUUAUCACUUUAAUUAAACUCAGAUUCAUCUGAAUCACCCAAAAAGCUAAUAUCUGAGUGAGAGAACACAGUUUAAUCAACACAGAUGCACCUGGACUAAGGAGUUCAUGCUUAAAUGACAGAAUACAGUUAAAGGAGCAACAGGAGGGUUUCUGAUUCCUGCCUGAAUAUGCCAGAUCAACCCCCACUCUCCCUGUGCAAGUUAAAUUCUGGUAGGAAGUCACAGAUAAUCCUGUAAUUUACAUUGCUCUUUGGACAAUGAGCCACAAAAUGAAAGUUCCUCCUAGAGUUGAGGAAUGGACAAAAGAGCAUGUUCGCCAAUGGCUGGCUGAAGAACUGAAGAUAGACCAAACAUGGACUGACAAACUGCAUGAAGAGGAAGUAUCAGGAAAAGAACUAAUUUGCUUUAAACCAAGAGAUUUACGCGAACUAGGCAUUAAACAUGGUCCAGCAGUUAGAAUCAUUAACACAUUAGAGGCAUUAAUAAAGUCUCAUGAAAAUGUGUCAGAUUCUGAUAUGCAUAUAGACAUCUCCCAAACACAAUCACAUUCAGAGCCUCUUGGAAGAACAGAGCAUACUGAGGGAAAACCAGACAUGUUAUCAAAUGAUGACAUGUCAGUCCAUGUACCACAACCAACACAAAAACCUAAGAAAUCAAAAAAAAAAUCUAAGAAAAAAUGUUUAUCCAAUCCUGACAUUUGCAAGAUUCCUGCACCCAAAAGCCCAAACGAAGCAUCUUCUAGAAAUACACUUACUGAAAGAACAGAAUUACAAGUGGAAGCAACCAUCUGUGACUUGACUGAAAGUGAACCAACAGAAAUGUCCACAGUACUCCCCUCAGAAAUGGAGGAAAAAGUAAGUAAACCAGAAGCAUCCUCCAAAAAUGUGCCUGAUCAAGUUACACAGAAAGAAUCUGUAGGACCGGAAGACCUUAAAACACAAGUUACAAACACAAAACGCUUGUGCAGUUUCUAUCCAUUUGACCAGCGGUCUGUCUCUCACAGAUAUAUUGAAAACUACAGUUUACCACCAGAGUCAGGACCAAGUAAUCUAAUUGACCCAGUACAUGAAUACAAGUUUUUGGGAAGAGCAGAAGAUAUUAAUAUAAUGAAGAAAAAAAUCAACAAAGAGGUUUUUCGGUUUGCAGCAGGAUGCAUGAAUGGGAGGACAAAUGGAACCAUCCACUUCGGGGUAGCAGAUUCCAAAGACUCUGUGUAUUGCCAUGGUGAGAUUGUUGGGGUUAGUGUCGAUAAAACUGAUACAAUCAUCGACCACUUUAAUCAGGGCAUCAAACCAUACUUUGAAGACAAUGCUGAUGUUGCAAAAAGGUGCAUCAGACAACCCCGCUUUGUGGAAGUAUUGAGCAGUGACAGCACCUCAUCUAGCAAAUAUGUUAUAGAGGUGGACGUUGUCCCAAGUCACAGUAUAGUUCAGGGUAAAAUAUAUUAUACCCAGACUCUGGAUGAAGAUAAUGAAUGGAGGAAAAGCAAAGGAAAAUCACUGUUUAUUAGGGAUGGAGCAGCAACCAGAGACAUAUGUAAAAUCGGGAACCCCAGAGAUUUGCAAUUUGAAUUAGCUAAAGUGACUACAGACCUGAAUGUUCUAGACACAAUGAGAAAGGAGGCAGAAAAGAAGCCUGAAAGCAAAAGAAAAUUAAAUCAGGGAGAAAAAUUACAGAAUCUGUUGACAUGUGGAGGUGGUACUCUUGAUCACUACGAUUACUACAUAAUUGUAAUGAACAAAAGCCACUCCGACCAACUGCAAAAUCUAAAGUUUCUGACUGCACUGAAAUUAUUCUGUGUGUUAGACUUCGAUCCAGAUUCAGUGAAAAAUGGAUCCUGUCACAGCUACAGAAAAAACAGAAUUGCAAAUCUUCACAGCCCAGGACAGUUUCAUGGGGAUCCAGGAACGUUAAUACAAAAACUAAACCUGUACAAACAAACCAGCUGGGUGUUGUGCAAUGGAAGAGUGGACAUUGAUAAGGAAUCUGAUAAACCACUGCCUCCUAGUGAGUGGUUAAUACACAGAGCUGGUGAAGUGCAGGACAUGAUUUCCUUCCUCUGCCAUCCAGAUACUCUUCCAAGAGGGAGAUUCUUGGUCAUCUUCCUCCUUCUCUCUGUUGUUGAAGCCAUGAAUGAUCCAAUUUUUGACACUUUCAUGUCAUUUUACAAGAAUCUCGGAGGAACACAGAACAUCAUAAGCAUAUGCACACAGGACAAUGCUUUUCAGAAAUGGAAAGACUUCAUCCAAAUCAGAACAGAACUUGACAUCAAUGGUCAAAGCAUCUAUGAAUUAGAACUCAGUGAAAUCAAUGGAACUAUACUUGAAAAACAGAAUCAGACAACAGACAGACUGCUACCUUCUGUUGAUGGAAGCUCAGUGGUUCUAACACAGAUAGAUGAGGAUUCAAUGCCCGCUCUGGAAAUUCUGUGCCAGAACCAGUGUGAAAAUGAGUAUGAAGAGGACACUGAAGAAUUCCAAGACUUUAAACUCAAAAAAGAGGCAGAGUUUUACCGGGGUGACAAGGUGGAAUGGUGGAACUUCUACUUUUCAGACAAAACUCCGACAAAGCCUUUCAUAAAACGUGACAAAUAUACCCAGGUCAGGAACAUGAUCAGAUCCCAAACCAAUGAACCCACAAGUAAAUGUGUAAUGGUGAAUCUUUUUCACCACCCUGGAUGUGGUGGCACAACUUUAGCCAUGCAUGUAAUGUGGGAUUCGAGAAAAGAAUUCAGAUGUGCUGUGUUAAGAGAUAACACAAUCUCAAAAACAGAAGUGGCACAACAAGUUAAUUACCUCAUAAAGUGCGGAAAAAUUGAAUGUUCACGUAAAACCCCAGUCUUGCUAUUGGUGGAAGACUCAGAAGACACAGAGAACACACAAGAGCUGCAGCACUGCCUAAGGAAAACCAUUAGUGAAAUGGAUGCUUUUGUCGUCAUCUUGAAUUGUGUACGUUCAAAAAAUCCAAAAGAAAAAUACAAAAACAGUGUAAUUGACAGCCAGUACAUCACUGCUGCUUUAUCAAAGGAUGAACAAAAUGCUUUUGAAGUAAAGCUUAAAGAACUUCAAGAAAAACAUGACAAACCUGAGAACUUCUACAGUUUUAUGAUCAUGAAAAGUAACUUCAAUCAGGAAUAUGUGGCAAAUGUUGCAAAUAACAUCUUAAGAGAUGUCGAUGUUGGAAGCAGAGAAGCCCAACUUUUCUCUAUCUUGGCAUUACUUAACACAUAUGUGGCAGAAUCAUCCAUCUCUUUGUCACUUUGUGAGGAUUUCCUUGGCAUUAAAAGGAGGCUCUGGGGGAAAGAAUCUGUAAUGAAUAAAAUGGAGCCUUAUUCAUGCUUGUUAAUUGAGUUCCAAGUUGAAGAAUGGGGAGUGUACAAAGCUAUUCGCUUUGUUCAUCAACGUAUUGCAGCAGAGUGUGUCAAGGCAUUAGAGGAAAGGCACAGCAGCCCAAGAGCUGACAUAAUCCUCAAUAUGCUACACACUGAUCUGUUUUUUGAAAGAAGAAUAGGCAAAGAUAACCUACUGCAGUCACUGAAGAGCAUGCUGAUCACACGGCAACGCAAGACAGAAGGUGAUGAGAAGGACACACUAUUUUCACCUUUGAUUGAAGACAUAAAAUCUGGAAAUGAUGGACCGAAAAAAAUUCAACACAUAUUAACUGAAGCAUCGAAGAGACUUGACAAAGACUUUACAAUCCCUCAAGCUUUAGCAAGGCACUACUACCUGAAUGAAAAAAACUUUGCCCUUGCAAAGGACUGGGCAAACAAUGCUAAAAUCAUCAAAGAAAAUUCGUACACUGUUGACACAGUUGGACAGAUCUCACGAAAUGAACUAAAACAUAAAAUGGAUGGCAAAAAGCAAAAACUUUACACGUCUGAUGAUUUGAAAGAAUUUCUUGAGCUAGCUAAAGCUGCAAUAAAAGCUUUCCAAAGAGCUCAAAUCUUGGCAAAGACAGAUGAUAAUGCUGAUACCGAGGAGAGACGUCACUGGAAGCAAAACACCUACAAUAUAUCCGGACACAUGAAUGAGAUUGACAUUGCUAUGACAGUCUUUGACAUUGUGAGGAGGCUCCCAUUAUUUCUGGAGAAAGACACCAUGAAAAAUGAGUACAUUAAGCAAUUUUUUAAAGGAAAGAUGCCACUGUCCUCAAUUCCCAUUGAUAAAACUGAUGCCAAUCAGAAACUUGUUGCUGUUCUAAAAGACUAUGAGCCAUUCCUCAUUUCCUUAAAGUCAUGUGUGGACAAAGCUUUUGAAUUCCUUGAAGGGUUCUUCACCUACACAAGAGAAAAAGGUGUGGUUGACAAAGAAAGGCAGAACAAAAACAGGAACUGGAUCUCUGAUCAUUUUAAAAACUACAUGUCUUUGUUCUGUUCAUCAUUUGAGGAAAAACUGAGUGAGAAAACAUGUAAACCCAAACUUAGCUUAAACAUGGAAAUAGAAGAAUGCAGGACGUUUCUUGAAGAAAACAGAGCAAACUACUUCCCAAGAAUUCUCCAAUUUUUGGAGGUCCGGAAAGAAAUGAUCGAACCAAUUGCUAAAAAACACUCAUUCAUAUACCAGAACUGUAAAGACAAAUCUCUUCAGGACAAGGCAAAUCAUUUGCUCACACACAUAAUCCUGAAAUUGAUCCAACCAAAAUCAAAACUGGCAAAAUCCCAAAAAGAGCUGACUGAUCUUUUAAAGGAAAUUUUACAAGAAGCUGGGCUAUCACAUCAGUAUCCAGAACCAUACUACCUUGCACUGCUGUUGCUAUGGCCUGGAAAGAAACAUGCUGACAAAUCAAUAGCUACAUAUGUGGAAAAGAUAAGAAACGCAUCUCGAAAGCAACUUUCUCCCAUCUUUAGAGCGAGAGCCCCAAUUGCCCAUUUAUUUGUGGGAAAAUCAGAUGGAUUAGACAGGUUAGUUUGCAAAACAGUCCUUGACGGUUGUGUCAGUGAUGUUUCACGGCGAAAUAUUCUCUGGCAGAGCGGAGACAUCUUCAAGGAAAAGGCAAUUAAAGAGAAGCUCCUCAGAGUAAAUGGCAUUAUUGAGCAAGGACAGCUGUACGCAGAGUAUGGCAAACUACAGAUCCCUGUCCGGCCUACUUACUUUGGUGGAAUAAGAAGUGGGCACAGUACAGAGAAAAUGUCCUUCUAUGUAGGCUUUGCCAUUGAUGGACCGCUUGCUUAUGACAUUCAAUAUGAAGAUAGCUAGAUCAUCAAUAUAGGGCUUGCCAUCAAUGGACCUUCUUGAUGGAAGAC